UGAUCGUAGCAGGCUGCGAAUGAAAAUGCAGCAUCGUUUAUCGUGCACAUACAUUCCUUUCGCAGAUCGUUUGGGAAAAGUUGCUUUUUUGUUGCGGAAUAUUAAAGCUGACAUUAUUGAAGGUUUUUUUCUGCGUGAAAUUUGCUUUUAAUAAGGAAGUGGCGGUCUUCGUCUUAAAAGCCAUCACCAUCUAGCCACCGCAGAACAAAUAGCGCCAGAAAAAUGAGUGACCGCAAAGCCGUCAUCAAGAAUGCCGACAUGGGCGAGGAGAUGCAGCAGGACGCUGUGGACUGCGCAACACAGGCCCUGGAAAAGUACAACAUAGAAAAGGACAUUGCUGCCUACAUAAAGAAAGAAUUCGACAAAAAGUACAACCCCACCUGGCACUGCAUCGUGGGCCGAAACUUUGGAUCGUACGUGACGCACGAAACGCGUCAUUUCAUUUACUUUUAUCUCGGUCAGGUUGCCAUCCUAUUAUUUAAGAGCGGUUAAACCACACAACCUUAGCUUAAUAUCAUCGGAAUGCUGUAAAAGAAUGGGAGCGAGGACGGGAUCGGACGGAACGGCGAAGCGUGUAGAGAAAUGGCAACGAUUGCGUAUUUAGCGGCGGCAUCCACAUAUAUGGACACGGCCUUCAACCUGCAGUCGGACGGCGGGAGGAUGUUGGAGGCCGGGGGAAGGAGCCGAGCCGUAGAUGCGAAGGAGUAGUAGAAACGGAACGAUGGAUAGAUAGCUGGAUUGUGCGGGGCGCGAGGAACCGUUAUUAGGAGCAGUGGGGAGGAAAUUUGACAUUCUUAUAUAUUUACCGUGAACUAUACUAAAUCGAACGAAGCAGAGCUGUACCAAUUAAGUAAAUCAACUUUACCGGAACUCGCGAGCAAAAAUGUGCACUGUCCAUGGGUGUGGGUGGUGUGGUCGUAAAACAAGCUGCUCGGAAUCAAGGAAGGCAAACCAUCUGUCCAAACAUGCCCCUGCCAGCAUAAUAUCUCAUGCCACUAGUUCGUCUGGGAGUGUCGUACAGCAGGCAAAUACAAUGCCCCCCCCCAAAGAGUGUGGCCGACCAUAAAACCGACCUUCAAGUUGUACUAAAAUUCCAUUGCGUUCAGUAAAGGUGUGUGUGUGUAUGUGCGUA